AUUUAGAAAAAUCUUCUUUGACGUCGACCAAGUUCCUCGACGUGUCUCACUUCACCUUAAGAAGCGCUGCGACGCGAGUUUGUUGUUUUUAAGGGGGUUUAGGUUGAUCGAUAUCGUCCUAAGGUAAAAGUAAACCGCAGACCGAGAAUCGGCGACGAUUAAAAAGUUCCAAACGUGAUCGGAAGUCUUGGGCAGAGCUAGCCGUUCAGUGUUGGAAUGGCACCGCAAGAUCUCGCCGCUUCUCCGUCAUUGUUGCUUGUAUAACUUGCACGUUUAGGCGAUUAGUGAUGGCAAGAGUUUGCCGUAAGAAGUACCAGAAAUAAUCGGCCGACCUGGCGAUGACUGGUGGUACUUGGUGGUUGGUACUCGCCAAGGCGAGAAAGCUGCGGCCUGGCGAAACCGUAUAAAAUCUUGUUGGCUCAGCCUCUCUCCUCAGUUAGAACUCUUCGACAUCCACCGGCUACUUCGAGAUGGAUUCCCUGGUAAAUCGACACAUCCAGUGGCUCGCCUUGGUGGUGUUAAUCGGCGUUUCUUCUGUAAGAGCCGGGUCGAGAUACAUCGCCAUUCCAAUAAACGAAAUCGAUGUAAUCGAGCUGAACCCAAUAGCACAAGCCAUGCCCGCAAUUCCGGGGAUUCAACACCCAGCUAGAAUCGCUCGACAAGCCGAAACCUACGUUCCUGUCUCCAUUUCCGCCAUUCAUAGGACCGAAGAAGUAGAAGCCGGCCCUCCGAGGUUCGAAAGGUCGCCAUCACAAAUCUUAGACUACGUUGACUUCGGAGCACAUACUGGUGCCAAUGGAGCUUUCGGCUGGUAUGCCGAUUACCCCACUCGACAUUGAUUGUCGACAUUGCGGAGCCGGUGCAUCGCUAUCUAAUUAAGAGACCUUGUAUCAGGAAUAAUCAGCGACAUGACCGCCAAGCGUGGCGUAACGUAUUUCGCUAAAGCGUGAGGGCGCCAUUUUGAUUAACGUCCUUUGUUUAUAUCUUCGUUAUCGUUACGAAGUUAUAUAUCGUCACGAAGUGAUCUGUAUCACUCCACUAUACAGCGAUUAAUGUACCCGAGGACGUUAAAAUAAAUCUCUGCGUAACGCUAUUGUUUAUUAUUCUUUAUUAAAUGCGAUUGUGAUGUAGCGCGUAUCGGAAAUAUGUUACGUCGAGAUUCUGAUUGACAAGGAAACUUUCCCAUUAGAAGUUAACUCGCGAAGAGAUUUCUUGACAAUUUGUAUUAAUCGACGCAAUAGCAAUUAUUGUAUCCGAAGAAUCUGGAGAUAAUUGAGCUUGCGGUUAGUACGGCAAUUACCCCACGUGACGUUGAUUGCGGACAUUGCAGAGUCGCUUCGUUG